AUGGCACAGACGGGUGUGGCUUCGGAAGUGAACAGAGAGAAGCGGUAUGCUGCAGCUAAGGUUCCUUUGAAGGUGAUAAUUAUAGGAGCGGGCAUUGGAGGUCUGGCGGCAGCAUUGGCUCUGGGGAAACGAGGCCACAAUGUCCAUGUUAUCGAGUUUGCUCCCGAAAUCCAAGAGGUUGGCGCCGGAAUCCAGUGUGCACCGAACAUGCUCCGGCUCCUGGAUCGCUGGGGCGUAGGCGCCAAAGUUCGACGGACCGGCGUCGCGCUCGGGGCCAUCCAUAUCCUGCGUUGGCAGGGAGGAUCUCUUCUCGGCAGCGUCCCCAUCAACCAAGCCCACGGCGAGCAGUUUGUCGUGCAUCGUGCGGACUUGCAGACGGCUUUGCUGGAGAAAGCCAUGGCCCUGCCCAAUGUGAAGCUGCAGACCAACACAAAGGUCGAGGACGUUCGGUUCAGUCCGGCCGCGGUGGAACUCCACGACGGCUCGACCAUCUACGGAGAUGUCGUGCUCGCUGCGGACGGCAUCAAAUCCAUGGUCCGUGCAAAGGUCCUGGGAGACGACAAAGACGUCGCAAUACCGACUGGGGACGCCGUCUUCAGGGUCGUCCUCACCAGAGAGACCUUGAGCAACUACCCGGACUUGAUGCCCUAUAUCAAAGAGAAGAAGGCAAUCCGAUGGGUGGGGCCAGGAAGACACAUCAUUGCGUAUCCCGUGCGGAACCAUGAGAUCUACAAUGUGGCUCUUGCUCACCCUGAUCGUGGCCGGGUGGACGAGAGCUGGACGACCGUCACAUCCAAGAAGAAUCUGCUGUCGGAAUACGAGGGCUGGGAUCCAAAACUGGUCCAGAUGUUGGACCUUGUCCCAGAGGGGGAUGUCUUGGAGUGGAAACUGUGCAUGCACAUGCCCCUUCUGCGAUGGGUCAGGGGAUCGUGUGCACUGUUAGGAGACGCAUGCCAUCCCAUGUUACCGUACGUGGCCCAAGGCGCGGCGCAAGCCGUGGAGGACGCAGCCUCGCUGGGAGUGGUCCUAUCCUCGAUCUCAUCCAAGGACGAAAUCCCCGCUGCGCUUCAAGCGUAUGAGAAGGCGCAGAAGGCGCGCGCCGAGCACAUCCAACAAUCAUGCCUGACCACAAGGGCGGCUCUUCACUUGCCCGAUGGUCCCGAGCAGGAAGCUCGAGAUCAGAAGUUCAAGGUCUUGUCCUCGGGCGGCUCCAACGACGACAAAUGGGGGGACCCGGAGAUGCAGAAGUUCCUGUGGAGCUGGGAUGCCGAAGCCAAAGCGGAGGAAGCUUGGAAAGAUAUGAGACGUCAGCCGAGCACACAGAGUCGGCUGUGAUCCCCAGGACCAGGCUGAGCUUAGACCAAACUAGUGCUGCAUAAUUUUGUUGCACCGCAUAUAGACGUUAGAGAUAUCGGGGGGUUCUUUUGGCU